AUGAUCAAUGAUGUGCAGAGUUGGGUAAUCCCAAAGACUCGUUCUUCUGAACGAAGGUUCCACCUGAGAUCCACAUCCAAAGUCAACCACAACGGCGAGGCACCACCAGUGACAUGUAGUAGCAGUAGUAUUGACAACAAUAAGAACACGGCGGGUGCCGUCGUCUGGUGGUCAGAUGAUGAGUUUCAAGACUGGUUUUAUCACGAGCUGAAAGAAGAAGCUGGUCCAAUACUUCAUCAAACCUAUGGUGAUGAGUUAUUUGUGGAUCUGUCGCACUGUGUGACAAAGUGGCGUCAACGCUAUCGAAUGGGCAACAAUAAUGAUCGUAAUGACGCUGAUGAUGAUCAACAAGUUUCAAUGGAAUCAGGUGAUCGGCGAGUCGAUGGAGGAAUAUGGAAACGAUUAUUCAAGCGUGAUCGAGUGGUGAAGGAAGUGUUGGAAUCCAUACCGAUUAUUCAUGCCAUUGACAAGUAUGUGAGAUCCAUGCCUCCUCCUCCAUCAGACGAGGGUGGUCUAAAUAAAAACAAGAUUACUAUAGUGGAUCUGUGCAGUGGAAAGGGAUAUCUAUCCAUGAUUUUGAGUGAAUAUUUACCACCAGACAAGGUCGAAAAGUUUGUCUUGAUUGACAAGGCUUGGCCCAUGUGUCAUGCCGAACCCAAACCACACCACAUCAAUUGGGAUCACAUCUACGGCAGCUACACUACAGCAGAAGAUGGUACAGAAUUGAAAUCCUACUUUUCUACAUGGCCUAUUCCGUUGCACACGAGCAAACAAAAUCUCAAAAAGACAUCGGAUAUGAGACGACUGCAGCAGCGUUUGGGUCAAACAUCAACUGGGCCGUGCUUUGUCCUGGGCGUACAUCUUUGCGGGACAUUGUCCAUUCAAGCCGUUCAAAUGUUUUAUUCGGUCCCGUCCAUUCAUGGUCUUAUUCUAAAGCCAUGUUGCUUGCCCGGAAUGGCAUACGAAAAGCAACAGACUCAUUUUCAAGCUGGAAAAUAUGCAUUCCCCACCAAGGAAGUUUGCUCGCCGGGAUACUGGAAGAAAAAAGAAUGGGAAGGACCACCUCGAUGGCAUUUGCAAGGCAAGUUUGAUGCUUGGUGUCGCCAUCUACAUGAAGCGAUGAAGUAUGUUUCUGAUUCGGAUGUUGGCGUCGUGACCAAAUUGUUGGAAGCGCCAGUUCAGACGAACGGUGGAUUCCAAAAUACAUUUCUGUUUGCUCAAAAAGAACCCAUGACAGAUCUCAUGUGGGAUGAGAUUGAAAGGAGUGAACUAACACUGAAACAAUUACAAGAAUGA